AAGCUGGCAGCAGAGUGCCAGAGCGCGGGCUACAGCGGCACGCUGAUCCCCUAUAAGUGUGACCUGUCCUGUGAGGAGGACAUCCUGUCCAUGUUCUCUGCCAUCAAGACGCUGCACCAAGGGGGUGGACGUGUGUAUCAACAAUGCAGGCCUGGCCCACAACGAACCCUUGCUCAGCGGCAAGACCGACGGCUGGAGGAACAUGAUCGACGUGAGUGGACAACACACACAAUGUACAUGGGUUCACACACACACACUAUGUACGCAUGUCUUUCCAAUCAACAACAACUGUAACAACGUAGUAACAACUGUGUAACUGUGUGCUGGGCUGUCAUACAGUUGGGUUACUCAACAACUGAACUGCUGUACUUGAGUGUAGCAACCAUAGCUAAAUAGAGAAUAACUGUGAAAAAUGUUUGGUUAUAGAGUAGAAUCAGAAUCAUUUGUAUUCGCCAAGUACAGUGCAUUUGGAAAGUAUUCAGACCCCUUUACUUUUUCCACAUUUUGUUACGUUACAGCCUUAUUUUAAAAUGUAUUAAAUAAUAACAAUUCCUCAUCAAUCUAUGCACAAUACCCCAUAAUGACAAUGCAAAAACAGGUUUUUAGAAAUGUUUACAAAUGUAUUAAAAAUAAAAAACAUAACUUAUAUACAUAAGUAUUCAGACCCUUUGCUAUGAGACUCGAAAUUGAGCUCGGGUGCAUCCUGUUUCCAUUGAUCAUCCUUGAGAUGUGUCUACAACUUGAUUGGAGUCCACCUGUGGUAAAUUCAAUUGAUUGGACAUGAUUUGGAAAGGCACACACCUGUCUAUAUAAGGUCCCACAGUUGACAGUGCAUGAGGUCGAAGGAAUUGUCCGUAGAUCUCCGAGACAGGAUUGUGUCGAGGCAACAGAUCUGGGGAAGGGUACCAAAACAUUUGUCCCCAAGAACACAGUGGCCUCCAUCAUUUUUAAAUGGAAGAAGUUUGGAACCACCAAGACUCUUCCUAGAGCUGGCCGCCUGGCCAAACUGAGCAAUCGGGGGAGAAGGGCCUUGGUCAGGGAGGUGACCAAGAACUUGAUGGUCACUCUGGCAGAGCUCCAGAGUUCCUCUGUGGAGAUGGGAGAAACUUCCAGAAGGACAACCAUCACCAAUCAGGCCUUUAUGGUAGAGUGGCCAGACGGAAGCCACUCCUCAGUAAAAAGGCACAUGACAGCCCGCUUGGAGUUUGCCAAAAGGCACCUAAAGGACUCUGACCAUGAGAAACAACAUUCUCUGGUCUGAUGAAACCAAGAUUGAACUCUGGCCUGAAUGCCAAUCGUCACGUCUGGGGGAAACCUGGCACCAUCCCUAUGGUGAAUCAUGGUGGUGGCAGCAUCAUGCUGUGGGGAUGUUUUUCAGCGGCAGGGACUGGCAGACUAGUCAGGAUCAAGGGAAAAAUGAACAGAGCAAAGUACAGAGAGAUCCUUGAUGAAAACCUGCUCCAGAGCACUCAGGACCUCAGACUGGGGCGACGGUUCACCUUCCAACAGGACAACAACCCUAAGCACACAGCCAAGAGAACGAAGGAGUGGCUUCGGGACAAGUCUCUGAAUGUCCUUGAUUGGCCCAGCCAGAGCCCGGACUUGAACCCGAUCGAACAUCUCUGGAGAGACCUGAAAAUAGCUGUGUGGUGACGCUCCCCAUCCAACCUGACAGCGCUUGAGAGGAUCUGCAGAGAAGAAUGGGAGAAACUCCCCCAAUACAGGUGUGCCAAGCUUGUGGCGUCCUACCCAAAAAGACUUGCGGCUGUAAUCGCUGCCAAAGGUGCUUCAACAAAGUACUGAAAGGGUCUGAAUAUUUAUGUAAAUGUGAUAUGUUAGUUUUUUGUAUAUUUUUAUAUACAUUUGCUAAAAUUUCUUAACCUGUUUUUGCUUUGUCAUUAUGGGGUAUUGUGUGUAGAUUGAUGAGGGGGGGAAAAACAAUUUAAUCCAUUUUAGAAUAAGGCUGUAACGUAAUGUUUUUGGGAAAAAGUCAAGGGGUCUGAAUACACUGUACAUUUACAUUGCUGCCAGCAAUAGACACUUUACAAACAGAAUACAGACAACUUCACAUAGACAUCAUACAGAAUAUACAAUAUUGGAACGGAAAAAAUAAAAUUCUGGAGUAUAGCCUGAUUACAGUGGGAAUAUGCAAUUUACUGAGGGGAUAUAUCUAUAUAAGCAGAGGGAGGGAUGCUGUCAUGGCAAAUAUAUACAGUGCAUAUACAGUGAGGGAAACAAUUAUUUAAUCCCCUGCUGAUUUUGUACGUUUGCCCACUGACAAAGACAUGAUCAGUCUAUAAUUUUAAUGGUAGGUUUAUUUGAACAGUGAGAGACAGAAUAACAAAAAAAAAAAACAGAUUUGCAUUUUACUGAGUGAAAUACAGUGGGGGAAAAAAGUAUUUAGUCAGCCACCAAUUGUGCAAGUUCUCCCACUUAAAAAGAUGAGAGAGGCCUGUAAUUUUCAUCAUAGUUGACGUGUACCUAUGACAGACAAAUUGAGAUUUUUUGGUAAACUUUUUGGUAAAAACUCAACUCGUCGUGUUUGGAGGACAAAGAAUGCUGAGUUGCAUCCAAAGAACACCAUACCUACUGUGAAGCAUGGGGGUGGAAACAUCAUGCUUUGGGGCUGUUUUUCUGCAAAGGGACCAGGACGACUGAUCAGUGUAAAGGAAAGAAUGAAUGGGGCCAUGUAUCGUGAGAUUUUGAGUGAAAACCUCCUUUCAUCAACAAGGGCAUUGAAGAUGAAACGUGGCUGGGUCUUUCAGCAUGACAAUGAUCCCAAACACCCCGCCCGGGCAACGAAGGAGUGGCUUCGUAAGAAGCAUAUCAAGGUGCUGGAGUGGCCUAGCCAGUCUCCAGAUCUCAACCCCAUAGAAAAUCUUUGGAGGGAGUUGAAAGUCUGUGUUGCCCAGCGACAGCCCCAAAACAUCACUGCUCUAGAGAUCUGCAUGGAGGAAUGGGCCAAAAUACCAGCAACAGUGUGUGAAAACCUUGUGAAGACUUACAGAAAACGUUUGACCUGUGUCAUUGCCAACAAAGGGUAUAUAACAAAGUAUUGAGAAACUUUUGUUAUUGACCAAAUACUUAUUUUCCACCAUAAUUUGCAAAUAAAUUCAUUAAAAAUCCUACAAUGUGAUUUUCUGGAGAAAAUAAAUCUCAUUUUGUCUGUCAUAGUUGACGUGUACCUAUGAUGAAAAUUACAGGCCUCUCUCAUCUUUUUAAGUGGGAGAACUUGCACAAUUGGUGGCUGACUAAAUACUUUUUAUCCCCACUGUAAGUAUUUGACCCCUCUGCAAAACAUGAUUUAGUACUUGGUGGCAAAACCCUUGUUGGCAAUCACAGAGGUCAGACGUUUCUUGAAGUUGGCCACCAGGUUUGCACACAUCUCAGGAGGGAUUUUGUCCCACUCCUCUUUGCAGAUCUUCUCCAAGUCAUUAAGGUUUCGAGGCUGACGUUUGGCAACUCGAAUCUUCAGCUCCCUCCACAGAUUUUCUAUGGGAUUAAGGUCUGGAGACUGGCUAGGCCACUCCAGGACCUUAAUGUGCUUCUUCUUGAGCCACUCCUUUGUUGCCUUGGCCGUGUGUUUUAGGUCAUUGUCAUGCUGGAAUACCCAUCCACGACCCAUUUUCAAUGCCCUGGCUGAGGGAAGGAGGUUCUCACCCAAGAUUUGACGGUACAUGGCCCUGUCCAUCGUCCUUUUGAUGCGGUGAAGUUGUCCUGUCCCCUUAGCAGAAAAACACCCCCAAAGCAUAAUGUUUCCACCUCCAUGUUUGACGGUGGGGAUGGUGUUCUUGGGAUCAUAGGCAGCAUUCCUCCUCCUCCAAACACGGCGAGUUGAGUUGAUGCCAAAGAGCUCGAUUUUGGUCUCAUCUGACCACAACACUUUCACCCAGUUCUCCUCUGAAUCAUUCAGAUGUUCAUUGGCAUACUUCAGACGGGCCUGUAUAUGUGCUUUCUUGAGCAGGGGGACCUUGCGGGCGCUGCAGGAUUUCAGUCCUUCACGGCGGAGUGUGUUACCAAUUGUUUUCUUGGUGACUAUGGUCCCUGCUGCCUUGAGAUCAUUGACAAGAUCCUCCCGUGUAGUUCUGGGCUGAUUCCUCACCGUUCUCAUGAUCAUUGCAACUCCACGAGGUGAGAUCUUGCAUGGAGCCCCAGGCCGAGGGAGAUUGACAGUUAUUUUGUGUUUCUUCCAUUUGCGAAUAAUCGUACCAACUGUUGUCACCUUCUCACCAAGCUGCUUGGCGAUGGUCUUGUAGCCCAUUCCAGCCUUGUGUAGGUCUACAAUCUUGUCCCUGACAUCCUUGGAGAACUCUUUGGUCUUGGCCAUGGUGGAGAGUUUGGAAUCUGAUUGAUUGAUUGCUUCUGUGGACAGGUGUCUUUUAUACAGGUAACAAGCUGAGAUUAGGAGCACUCCCUUUAAGAGUGUGCUCCUAAUCUCAGCUCGUUACCUGUAUAAAAGACACCUGGGAGCCAGAAAUCUUUCUGAUUGAGAGGGGGUCAAAUACUUAUUUCCCUCAUUAAAAUGCAAAUCAAUUUAUAACAUUUCUGACAUGCGUUUUUCUGGAUUUUUUUGUUGUUAUUCUGUCUCUCACUGUUCAAAUAAACCUACCAUUUAAAAUUAUAGACUGAUAAUUUCUUUGUCAGUGGGCAAAUGUACAAAAUCAGCAGGGGAACAAAUACUUUUUUCCCUCACUGUACAGUGUUGUGCAAUGGUGGUGUGAAGCGUAGUACAAAGGGUUUAACGAACCCACAUAACCACACAAACGUCUAGUGUGUUGGUACUUAAACAUGAUAGGCCUGUUAGAUGCAGUGCCAACACACACAUUCCCCCUCACAAGGAGUCGUCCCAUUGCCUGGCGUGGUGCUACCACACAGAGGCCCACUUGUAGAAGAAGCCAGGUAUUAUUUCCUUCCAUCUAUUAUGCUGGGCCUUUUCUUUACACUGUAAUUCAUCGAUCUCAAGACCAUUCCUUUCAAGCCCCUCAGGCUGAGCCCUCCUGCUCAAAAAGUAGUCCCAGCCCCUGUAAUUUCACAAGGGGCCUUGGCUUUGACACUGUUGAUGACAAUAACUACAGUCUCAUUCACCUAGAUGAACUGUAUUUGUGUGUGUGAAGGCAGAUGCAGGUGAACGUUUUUGACUGAAGCUCUCCUCCUAUAGGUGAAUGUCCUGGCCCUGUCCAUUUGUACCCGCGAGGCCUACCAGUCAAUGAAAGAGCGGAAUGUGGACGAUGGCCACAUCAUCAAUAUUAACAGGUAGACUACAGCUUAUUUUCAGCCUGUUAAAUGCCUGUUAUAACUGACAUUUAAAUGAUUGAAUACUCUCUCAGGAGAUACAGUAAAGAGGUCCUACAAUUUUACUCUUGGUUUUAGACAGAGAAGAUAAGUCAGAGGGAUACAGGAUGGAGGAUGUAUCACAUACAUGCAAUUAUCUCACUUUCUCUCCUUUUCUCCCUCCCUCCUUUGCUUACUGCUAUAGUAUGGGGGGACAUAGAAUGGUACCUAGUGCAGAUGAACACUUCUACUGUGCCACUAAAUAUGCUGUUACUGCUCUAACCGAGGGGCUACGGCAAGAGCUACGGGAAGCAAAGACUCACAUCAGAGCCACGGUGAAAAGAGCAGCAUUACUAUUCACUCUUUUUCAGAUGAAUCUGUCAACUGUCUUAUACAAUUAUUAGAUAUAAAGUUGAUUGUUGUGUGGGUGCGUGUGUACGCUUGUGCGUGUGUGUGUUCGUCUGUGCGUGCGUACGAGUGUCUGUCUGUGUAUGUGUAUAUAAACAUAAAUAACGACCAUGGUUUGUGCCUUCCUCUUCCAUAGUGUAUAUCCCCUGGAAUAGUGGAGACUGAGUUUGCCUUCCGGCACCACAACAGUGAUCCAGAGAAAGCAGCUGCUGUGUAUGAGAGUAUAAAAGUAAGGCAGCUAGACUAGGAGUGUGUGAGGGUGGGUGUGUGGGUGGGUGGGUGGAUGGGCCUACCUCUUCUCUCAAUACAAAUACGGUACAUUAAGAAACUAUUAGAAACUAUGACUAAUUGGCAUUCUUUUCCUCUGCAGUGUUUGAAAGCACAAGACAUAGCCAGUGCAGUCACAUACGUUCUGGGCGCCCCCCCUCAUGUCCAGGUAAAGUAGUGCUCUCUGUCUGUCUGUCGCUUCUGUCAAUACUUGGCUUACUUACAGUACCAGUCAAAAGUUUGGACACACCUACUCACUCAAGGGUUUUUCUUAAUUUUUUACAUUGUAGAAUAAUAGUGAAGACAUCAAAACUAUGAAAUAACACAUAUGGAAUCAUGUAGUAACCAAAAAAGUGUUAAACAAGUCAAAAUAUAUUUUAGAUUUUAGAUUCUUCAAAGUAGCCACCCUUUACCUUGAUGACAGCUUUGUACACUCUUGGCAUUCACUCAACCAGCUUCACCUGGAAUGCUUUUCCAACAGUCUUGAAGGAGUUCCCAAAUAUGCUGAGCGCUUGUUGGCUGCUUUUCCUUCACUCUGCGGUCCAACUCAUCCCAAACCAUCUCAAUUGAGUUGAGGUCAGGUGAUUUUGGAGGUUAGGUCAUCUGAUGCAGCACUCCAUCACUCUCCUUCUUGGUCAAAUAGCCCUUACAGAGCCUGGAGGUGUGUUGGGUUAUUGUCCUGUUGAAAAACAAAUGAGAGUGCCACUAAGCGCAAACCAGAUGGGAUGGCGUAUCGCUGCAGAAUGCUGUGGUAGCCAUGCUGGUUAAGUGUGCCUUGAAUUCUAAAUAAAUCACUGACAGUGUCACCAGCAAAGCACCAUCACACCUCCUUCUCCAUGCUUCACGGUGGGAACCACACAUGCGGAGAUCAUCUGUUCACCUACUCUGCGUCUCACAAAGACACAGCGGUUGGAACCAAAAAUCUCAAAUUUGGACUCAUCAGACCAAAGGACAGAUUUCCACCGGUCUUAUGUCCAUUGCUUGUGUUUCUUGACCCAAGCAAGUCUCUUCUUAUUAUUGGUGUCCUUUAGUAGUGGUUUCUUUGCAGCAAUUUGACCAUGAAGGCCUGAUUCACGCAGUCUCUUCUGAACAGUUGAUGUUGAGAUGUGUCUGUUACUUGAACUCUGUGAAGCAUUUAUUUGGGCUGAAAUUUCUGAGGCUGGUAACUCUAAUGAACUUAUCCUCUGCAGCAGAGGUAACUCUGGGUCUUCCUUUCCUGUGGCGGUCCUCAUGAGAGCCAGUUUCAUCAUAGCGCUUGAUGGUUUUUGCGACUGCACUUGAAGAAACUUUCAAAGUUCUUGAAAUGUUCCGGAUUGACUGACCUUCAUGUCUUAAAGUAAUGAUGGACUGUCGUUUCUCUUUGCUUAUUUGAGCUGUUCUUGCCAUGAUAUGGACUUAGCCCUAUUUGGUAAAAGACCAUCUUCUGUAUACCUUGUCACAACACAACUGAUUGGCUCAAACGCAUUAAGAAGGAAAGAAAUUCCACAAAUUAACUUUUAACAAGGCACACCUGUUAAUUGAAAUGCAUUCCAGGUGACUACCUCAUGAAGCUGGUUGAGAGAAUGCCAAGAGUGCAAAGCUGUCAUCAAGGCAAAGGGUGGCUACUUUGAAGAAUCUAAAAUCUUAAAUAUUUUGAUUUGUUUAACACUUUUUUGGUUACUACAUGAUUCCAUAUGUGUUAUUUCAUAGUUUUGAUGUCUUCACUAUUAUUCUACAAUGUAGAAAAUAGUAAAAAUAAAGAAAACCCCUUGAAUGAGUAGGUGGCCUCCUGUGCCUCAGUUGGUAGAGCAUGGCGCUUGCAACGCCAGGGUUGUGGGUUCGAUUCCCACAGGGGUAUAAAAAAUAAUGUAUGCACUCACUAACUGUAAGUCGCUCUGGAUAAGAGCGUCUGCUAAAUGACUAAAAUGUAAAUGUAGGUGUGUCCAAACUUUUGACUGGUACUGUAUAUCCUGCCUCUUUCUCAAGUCAAGAAUAACUCCUCUUAGAUAGACCAAUGGUACUAUACACUGAGUGUACAAAACAUGAGGCUCUUUUCAUGACAGACUGACCAGGUGAAUCCAGGUGAAAGCUAUGAUCUCUUAUUGAUGUCACUUGUUAAAUCCACUUCAAUCAGUGUAGAUGAAGGGGAGGAGAUGGGUUAAAUAGUGAUUUUUAAGCCUUGAGACAAUUGAGACAUGGAUUGUGUGUGUGCCAUUCAGAGGGUGAAUGGGCAAGACAUAGAUAUUUAAGUCCAUUUGAACGGGGUAUGGUAGUAGGUGCCAGGAGCACCGAUUUGAGUGUGUCAAGAACUGCAACGGUGCUGGGUUUUUCACGCUAAACAGGUUCCCGUGUGUAUCAAGAAUGGUCCACCACCCAAAGGACAUCCAGCCAACCUGACACAUCUGUGGGAAGCAUUGACGUCAACAUGGGCCAGCAUCCCUGUGGAAUGCUUUUGACACCUUGUAGAGUCCAUGCCCUGACGAGUUGAAGGUGUUCCUAAUGUUUUGUACACUCAGUGUAUGCUGUCAAUGGUCCUGACCUGAGGACAUUCAUGCAGUUUGUUGAGUUUGUUUGUGUAUGUAAACCUGCUUGUCGGCCUCUAGAUUGGAGAUGUGCAGAUGAGGCCGGUGGAACAGGUGUCAUAGCAACCGAGCAGGAAGGAAUCAGCUGAAGGAGCAGAUGGAGCCAGGCAGCGUGCGCCAUGGUGACGACUCCUUAGCGACCCCUGCUGGGCAACGACGGAAACAAACUAGGAUUCAACUGGAUUUGGAGUGGAGGGAUCGGUUUGAGGGGUGGAGGUGGCUGAGUGUGGUGGGGGGAUCUCUGGUGUGGAGAUGAGAGGAAAGGAGGAGAGGGUGGGCAGGUACUCUUAACCACUAUAGAAUUACUAUGAGUGCUGCAACAUGGUCUUUGGUGUAUUGCUCUGAAGCCACUGCAAACUUAGGAGAGGAGAAGAGGGUUGUUGGUCAUGUGCUUAUGUGGUCAUAUAUUCUACAUGAGGGAAGAGUAUGCCAUCAAUUGCACAUGUUUAAAAAAAAAAAAUGUGUAGGUUGUAAUAGAUAUAUGUUUCAAAUGAUGGAAGACAACCCUGCUGUUCAAUAAAGAAUGAUAAUUAUCAUUUUUAUAUAUAGGUAUUUUAACUAUGAUUAUUGGUAGAUGUGGCUCAUACUGUACUUCCUAACCAUAGAUGCUCAAUCCAUUUCUGUCUUUACUUCUGUUUUUAAUAACAAGCAGAUUUGGUUGGCCUGGUAUUAAGUCCGCUCGUACGUUUUUCAAAACCCAUGUCAAUCAUCACUAAUUCAGAAAAUGUGUGUAAGGGACAUUCAAGCACGAUUACGCAACCCCAUCACUUUGGAGCAAGUGUAUUUCCCCACUCCCAUGUGAUUUAAAUUGUUUUGCACUUUGGAUCCAUUUGGAGGAGUAUAAAGAAAACACUCAUCUUGUCUAGAGGAAGUAACUAACUCGAAUAUACUCUCCUCAAGUGUGUACUUGUAUGAUACAGUAGAUGUUUAUCAAUAAAAUGAAUUAAGAAUUGUCAAAGGUGGCUCCUUUUUGUGCACCAUUAUUUGUU